ACGCAGGGUCCGGGGAGACCGGAUAUAGUGAACGCAGGGUCCGGGGAGACCGGAUAUAGUGAACGCAGGGGUCCGGGGAGACCGGAUAUAGUGAACGCAGGGUCCGGGGAGACCGGAUAUAGUGAACGCAGGGUCCGGGGAGACCGGAUAUAGUGAACGCAGGGUCCGGGGAGA